UGACGGGAAUAUUUGUGAAUAGACUCGUUGUUGGACUCACCCGAGUGGCCGAGUCGUAAUCGCCGUUAGCCCAUUUACGUUAAACCCUUUUUAAAGCCUCUCAAGUUUCAACUUUCAGUUCAGGACUCGAUCUAAAACUCUGAAACCUCGAAGCCCACGAAACGUUCUUGAAAGUUGAAGGGAUAUGUCCGUCUCAUCUUCACGUUCGCUAAUCCCUCAAUUUGCUUUCUUCUCUGGAACUUGGGUACCGUUGCAGAACGUUGAUGGGAGUAGAAGAGCAAGUGGGCUGUUAAGAAAACCGCUGAUAGUUAGGAGUUUGAUGGUGAGAGCUGGUCCAAAGAGGAUAUCUUUCGGGAGAGAUUGCAGAGAGGCAUUACAAGCUGGGAUUGAUAAGUUAGCUGAUGCUGUUUCUGUCACCUUGGGUCCUAGAGGACGUAAUGUUGUUCUUUUUGAGUCUGAUAAACUGAAAGUAGUUAAUGAUGGUGUCACCAUUGCUCGAGCUAUAGAGCUUUCUGAUACAAUUGAGAAUACAGGAGCAAUGCUAAUACAAGAGGUCGCAGGUAAAAUGAAUGAUUUGGCUGGUGAUGGUACUACUACUGCAAUCAUUUUAGCUCGAGCCAUGAUCAAGUUUGGAUUGUUGGCAGUUUCUUUUGGAGCUAAUCCAGUUUCACUGAAAAGGGGUAUGGAUAAAGCUGUGAAAGAAUUGAUUAGGGUCCUGAAGAAGAAAAGUUUGCCUGUGAAAGGGAGGGAGGAUAUAAAAGCUGUGGCUUCAAUCUCUGCUGGUAAUGAUGAAUUUAUUGGGAACCUGAUUGCUGAAGCCAUAGACAAGAUUGGCCCCGAUGGAGUGAUUUCUAUUGAGUCAUCCUCAUCAUCUGAAACCUCUGUGAUAAUUGAAGAAGGAAUGAAGAUUGACAAGGGAUAUAUGUCACCACAGUUCAUUACAAAUCAGGAAAAAUCUAUUGUGGAGUUUGACAAUGCUAAAGUCCUUGUAACUGAUAAAAAGAUUUCAGAUGUCAAAGAAAUUGUUCCUUUACUAGAAAAGACCAUGCAACUGAGUGUCCCUCUGCUAGUCUUUGCUGAGGAUAUCUCAAUGAAAGUGCUGAAAACACUAGUUUUGAACAAAAUGCAAGGUUUAAUUAAUGUUGCUGUUGUCAAAUGUCCAGGACUAAUGGAAGCAAAGAAAGCCCUGUUGCAAGAUAUUGCCCUUAUGACAGGAGCGGAUUUUCUUUCUGGAGAUUUGGGUAUGACGCUUGCUGAUGCAACUUCUGAUCAGCUUGGGGUUGUACGAAAAGUGACAAUAACAAGUAAAUCCACAACCAUAGUUGCAGAUCCUUCUACUAAAGAUGAAAUCCAGGCAAGAAUUAUGCAGAUCAAGAAGGAUCUAGCUGAGACUGAUAAUGCAUACUUGUCAAGAAAGCUCUCAGAAAGAAUUGCUAACCUCUCUGGUGGUGUGGCAAUCAUUAAGGUAGGAGCACAUACUGAGAUGGAACUUGAAGAUCGUAAACUAAGAAUUGAAGAUGCAAAGAACGCCACAUUUGCUGCCUUAGAUGAAGGGAUAGUACCUGGUGGUGGUGCAACUUAUAUACAUCUCUCAGAGAAGAUUCACUCAAUAAAGAAUUCUAUGAAAGACUUGGAUGAACAGAUUGGUGCUGAUAUUGUAGCAAAGGCACUCCUUGCACCUUCAAAAGUAAUUGCAACUAAUGCAGGUGUUGAUGGAGAAGUUGUAGUGGAGAAGACUCGAACGACUGAAUGGCAAAUUGGUUAUAAUGCAAUGUCCGGAAGAUAUGAAGAUCUCAUCAAUGCUGGAGUUGUAGAUCCUUGUCGAGUUUUAAGGUGUGCCCUACAAAGUGCUGUCUCUGUUGCUGGGAUAGUUCUAACUACUCAAGCUAUAAUGGUGGAGAAAAGGAAGAAGCCCAAGCCACUUUACCCUUACCUCCCAGGAAUAACUCCUUAACCUUUUUAACUACUAUUUCCAUUUUCCACAAGUGCAGGGACUUGUGAAUGUAAUAGUAACAGUUCAAAAUCCUUAAUAUUAUUGAGCAAUGAUGCCUUGCCCACCACCAUUAACACUGCUGCUGCAUCAUUAGGACCACCGGCCACCAUCAACAUUAUCACCACUUCGUUAUCAUUUGCCAAACAAUUUUCAUCGUUACCGUUGCUAAUGUUUUGAUGAACUCACCAACAAGCUAUUACCUAUUUGUGAUAUGACUGAAACCAUAUGAUUUUAUUAUUGGAUUUACAAAUCUUUGAAUGAGGGUUUAGUGUCCAUGACCAGCUGCACCUUCUCCAUCAAAUAUGCUCUAUUUUUUUUUCCAUUUCUGACGCCAAUAAUGAGUUUCGGUGACAUCACCCAGACCCAGAAGAUCAAUGAUAUGUUUCACAUAACAUGCUACCAUAUCGUUGGUAAAUGAGUCUUUUACCUACCAUUUGGUGAACUCUACAUAGGACUUUCCUUUUCCUUUCCUCUUCAAUGAAUCUGUUGAAAAUCACAUGCCAAAAUGUGAGCAAAGCAGACCCCAUUUUCUCUUCCGGUUUAGAUUA